AUGAUUUUUCACUCUACUCUUAUCAUUGCUUUGUCUGCAGUAUCAUUCUUACCAUGGUUAUCCUUUUCCGCACCAACAGUGAGCCGAGCUACAUCUCCUAAAUAUGUCUUUGCUCAUUUUAUGGUCGGGAUUGUCGAGAAUUAUGAACUAUCGGAUUGGAAGAUAGAUAUGGCAUAUGCGCAAGAGAUUGGUAUCGACGGAUUCGCUUUGAAUUGUGCAAGUAUCGAUAGUUACACUCCAACACAGCUUGCCCUUGCAUAUCAAGCAGCCGAAGAAACUGGAUUUCAUGUUUUCAUAUCAUUCGACUUUGCUUAUUGGAAUAAUGGAAACACCAACAACAUCACAGAUUAUAUGAAUAAAUAUGCAUCUCAUCCUGGACAAGUGCAAUAUAAUGGAGGAGCGAUGGUCAGUACCUUUGUGGGAGAUUAUUUUGAUUGGGCACCUGUCAAAGCUCGAACGAAUCAUUCGAUUUUCGCUAUUCCAAUGAUGCAAGAUCCGAUUGAAGCAAGUUAUCUCUCUACAUCAUUUGAUGGCGCUUUCUCUUGGUUAGCAUGGCCUACAGAUGGUGGAAAUAGCAUUAUCCCGGGUCCAAUUUCAACUACAUGGGAUGAUAAAUUCCUUACAUAUCUCAAAGGAAAGCCAUAUAUGGCACCUCUCUCUCCAUGGUUCUCCACACAUUUUAACUCUAAGAACUGGGUAUUCAUAAGCGAAGAACUCAUCACCAAUCGAUGGAAUCAAAUGUUGGCUAUGCAGCCCGCACUUAUUGAAAUUAUUUCUUGGAAUGAUUUCGGCGAAUCUCACUACAUCUCUCCAUCGGAACCGAAUCAUAAGGAUGAUGGUUCAUCACAGUGGGCUGACGGCUUUCCUCACGAUGGUUGGCGUAUAAUUUCGAAACCUUAUAUCGCUGCUUAUAAAGCCGGAGCAAGUACACCAACUGUCACAGAAGAUCAACUUGUAUAUUGGUAUCGACCAACACCCAAAGGCAUUACCUGCACGAAUGACACUCUCGGUCCUCCAAAUGGACGCGAAAUGCUCGCUGAUGAUAUAUUUGUCACCACGCUCCUUACACAGCCGGCAACUCUGGUUGUUACAAGUGGAGAUAAAACUCCUGUAUCAUUUGAUGUACCUGCUGGAAUCGUCACUACCAAUUUCACCAUGGGUGUAGGGAAUCAAUAUUUCAUGGUUACCAGGAAAGGCAGUCCGAUUUUGAAUGGGUAUGGUGGUUUAAAUAUCGCCGAUAAGUGCGAGAAAUAUAAUUUCAAUGCAUAUGUGGGAUCUUUGAAUGGUACCAGUAGUGAUGGUCCACCACCACCAACUACUACAACCUCGACGAGUACUUUAAUUACUACGACUUCUACCCCUACAUCUACCUCUACAUCGUCAACAUCUAGUCCUGUUAAUAAAACGAGUUCGACAAGUACGACAAGUGUUCUAAUCCCGACUACAACCUCGUCUUCUACCACUUCUACCACUUCCAUUAUCCCCACCACAACCACAACCUUGUCUUCUAAUAUUACAUUAACAACUAGCAUAACUACUUCCACCACUUCUACCACUUCUACCACUUCCAUUAUCCCCACCACAACCACAACAUCUUCCUCUUCCACCACGUCCACCACGUCCACCCCCGCCUCAACAUCCACUUCCCCAUCCACACCUUCUCCCACUGUCGUCUGUACCUCAGGCUGGGGUCCAGGAAACUACAUCGGUCUCUGUCAAUUUACCUGCAAUUUUGGCUAUUGUCCCCCAGGUCCUUGUACAUGUCUCUCAUAUGGUGCUCAAAUUCCUGAGCCACCGAUUACGAAUCAAGCGGGGUAUCCGUUGCCAGGAGAAGAUGAUAGUUAUUUGGGUUUGUGUAGUUAUAGUUGUAAUCAUGGGUAUUGUCCUCCUACUGCUUGUAGGUUGGGGUAG